AUGUACAUUUCGAUCUAUUGUACAUUUCUAUUUCUUAUUAUUUUUCUUUGUAUUGUGGUACCAAUUAAGUCAUCUAAUGGGUGUGGUUAUAAUGCAUGUAAUUUAGGUGAUCCAACUAAGCUCAAUGUUCAUAUUGUUCCACAUACACAUGAUGAUGUUGGAUGGUUAAAAACAGUUGAUCAAUACUAUUAUGGAGCUCGUAAUAAUAUUCAACAUGCUGGUGUACAAUAUAUUCUCGAUUCUGUUAUACAUUCACUUGAAGAAAAUCCUGAUCGACGUUUUAUUUAUGUUGAAAUAGCUUUUUUUUGGCGUUGGUGGAAUCAACAAUCAAAUGAAACACGUACUAAAGUAAAAAAUUUUGUUAACGAAGGUCGUUUGGAAUUUAUUUCUGGUGGUUGGUGUAUGAAUGAUGAAGCAUCAACACAUUAUAAUUCAAUUAUUGAUCAACAUAGUUUAGGUGCUGAAUUUUUAUAUAAUGAAUUUGGUGAAUGUGGUCGACCAAAAAUUGGUUGGCAAAUUGAUCCAUUUGGUCAUUCACGUGAACAUGCUUCAAUUUUAUCACAGAUGGGUUUUGAUGGUUUAUUUUUUGGUCGUGCUGAUUAUCAAGAUAUUGAACAACGUCAAAAAUUAAAAACUAUGGAAAUGAUUUGGCAAGCUAGUACAAAUUUAGGUAAUCAAAGUUGGUUAUUUACGGGUAUUUUACCAAAUGGAUACGGUCCUCCAGAAUCGUUCUGUUUUGAUAUCUUUUGUGAUGAUCCACCUAUUAUGGAUGAUCCUCGAUUACAGGAUUAUAAUGUACAUGAACGUGUUCAAAAAUUUAUUAAAGUUGCACAUGAUGAAGCACUUGCAUUUGCUACAAAUCAUAUUAUUAUGACAAUGGGUAGUGAUUUUCAAUAUGAAAAUGCAAAUCAAUGGUAUAAAAAUUUAGAUAAAUUAAUAAAAUAUGUGAAUGCUGAACAAGCAAAUGGAAGUAAUGUAAAUGUUUUCUAUUCAACACCAUCAUGUUAUUUAUAUGCAUUAAAUAAAAUUGAUCGUACGUGGACAACAAAAACUGAUGAUUUUUUUCCAUAUGCUCAUCAUCAACAUGGAUUUUGGACUGGUUAUUUUACAUCACGAGCAGCUCUUAAACGUUAUGAACGUCAUUCAAAUAAUAUUUUACAAGUAACUCGACAAUUAAAUGCAUUUGCUAAUACAAAUUUACGAAAUAAUAUUUUUCCUUUGAAUGAAGCAUUGGGUAUUGUACAACAUCAUGAUGCAGUUAGUGGAACAGAAAAACAAGAAGUUGCUUUUGAUUAUGCUAUGCGAUUAUCUGAAGGUAUUGAUGCUGCAGUGGAUGUUAUCAAUAAAGCUUAUGAUAAACUUUUACCUAAAGAUAAUCAAACACUAUCAAAUGCACCUCAAUUUCUUUGUCAAUUAACAAAUAUUAGUGAAUGUUUACCUAUUGAAGGACAAGAUCAUUUUACUUUAACACUUUGGAAUCCAACUGUACAUACAAUUUCACAUUAUGUUCGUGUUCCUGUAACUAAAAAUUAUACAAUACGUGAUUCAACAGGAUAUGCAAUUUUAGCUGAUUUUAUUCCAAUAUCAGAACCAACAAAGAAAAUUCCUGGUCGAAAAAGUUUUGCUAUGAAUGAACUUGUAUUUAAAGUUAUUUUACCAGCACUUGGCUUUAAUACAUAUUAUUUUGAAAUUAAAAAUAAUAUUCUUCUAGAUAAUAAACAAGAUAUAAGUAUAACAAAAGAUGAUAAAUGUAUUCUUCAAAAUGAAUAUCUUCGAGUUGAAUUUGAUUGUCAAGGAAAUUUAAAUAAGAUUAUAAAUAUAAAAAAGAAUAUUAUUAUACCAUUUACUAGUCAAGGUUUUUAUUGGUAUACAAGUUUUUCGGGUAAUAAUUCUGGAUCAGAAUUUCAAUCAUCUGGUGCAUAUAUAUUUCGUCCAAAUUCAACAGAUUCUCAACCAGUAAGCAAUAAACGUUCAAUAACAUGUAUAAAAGCAACAAAUGUUCAAACAGCAAUUAUUAUUUUUAAUGAUUGGACAAGUCAAGAAAUAAAUUUAUAUAAUGAUGCAAAAAUACUUGAAAUUCAAUGGACUGUAGGACCUAUUCCAAUAGAUGAUAAUAUUGGUAAAGAAAUAAUUCUUCGUUAUGAUACAGAUAUAAAUAGUCAAUCAAAAUUUUAUACGGAUUCAAAUGGACGUGAAAUUCUUGAACGUAUACGAGAUUAUCGACCAACAUGGAACUAUUCAAAAAUUGAAGCUAUAAGUGGAAAUUAUUAUCCAAUAAAUAGUCGAAUAUGGAUUAAAGAAUCAAAUCGUCAAUUUACUAUUCUUACUGAUCGAUCUGAAGGUGGUAGUAGUAUUCAUGAUGGAUCUAUUGAAAUAAUGUUACAUAGACGUACACUUCAUGAUGAUGCUCUUGGUGUUGGUGAACCUUUAAAUGAAACAGCAUUUGAUAAUGGUCUUGUUGUUCGUGGUAAACAUUUUCUUAUUAUUGAAUCACCUACUUCAAGUGCUUUUUAUCAUCGAAUUGGUUCUCAACAUUUAUAUAUGCAUCCAUUAGCGACUUAUGCAUUACCAUCAUUAUCCUAUGUUAAUUAUUCAACAAUAUAUCAUCAAACAUGGACAGCAUUAAAAAAUGAUUUACCAUUAAAUAUUCAUUUAUUAACAUUUGAUCAAUUAGAUAUAAAAAAAUAUUUAAUUCGUAUUGAACAUUAUUUUGAAUUAAAUGAAGAUAAUAUAUAUUCAAAUUCAGUUAUAUUUGAUUUACAAAAAAUAUUUCAAAAACAAGGAAUAAUUAAUGAUAUAAUUGAAUUAACACUUGCUGGUAAUUUACCAUUAAAUAAUAUGAAAAGACUUAAUUGGUCAAUUAAUAAUGAAAAAUUAUCAAAAAUAAAUAAUUUAAAAGAAACAUCAUUAAAUGAUUUAAAUAUAUUACUUAAUCCAAUGCAAAUUCGAACAUUCCUUGUUACAGUCGAAUAA